CAAUCAAACGAUAUCAUUCCUCCAGUGCCGAACGAGCCAUUCAGAUCAACCAUGACCACACAGAGAGAAAUCCCAGUCACCUACGAAGAUCAGGGUCAUUUCCUCCAUUUUGGAAGGGUGCUACUGGUUAAACCAGGCGAAACAACCCUGCCGAUUAGAUACAAAAGGUUUGCCAAUAUCAUCUACAACUUCGACUACAGGAGAGACGAUGUCUGCUUGUUCACUUUUCCCAAAAGUGGGACAGUUUGGACAGCCGGAAUCAUCUGGGCCAUGACGCACAUGGAGGAAUUGGAGAGAGCAAAGACAGAGAGUCUCAAUAACAGAGUUUUCUAUGUUGAUAAUGAUUUUAUACAAACUUUCAAAGAUCAAGACCACAGGGAGAAGCUGAAAAAGUUGUGUCCAGAUGCAAAGGAAGAAGAUGGAGUAGUCCUACAGUUGGCAGCCCUGGAAAAAGGACGGCGCAUAAUAUGGAGUCAUCUGCCUUUUGAUCUCCAGAAUCCUGACGUUCUUGAUAAGUGUAAAGUCGUUUCUGUGAUUCGUCACCCAAAGGACAAUUUGUUUUUCUCGAUCAUUUACUACAACAAGUUUGGAGGUGCCAGUCUUCAGUUUGUAGCGGAGACAUUUUUAAGUGGGAGAGCAGUCCACGGAAGUCACUGGCAUCACAUCAACGAGACUUGGAAAAGGAGGGACCAUCCCAACUUGCACAUCAUGUUCUACGAGGACAUGAAAGCGGACAUCAUGGCUGAGCUUAGGAAGCUGAACGAAUUCUUGGGGACGAAUCUUACCGAGGAUCAGCUGAAAAAUUAAAUAACUGCAUUGCUUUCUUGAUGUUCUCCUGUCGAAUACUCUGAGAAUAUAUACGGGUAGCAGAGCACACCGCAUUCAACAACAUGAAAGAUCAUCCUACAAUGUCCCCCAGUUUCGUAAGCUUCAAAGGGUCCUUCUUUCACACUGGCCAAGUGGGAUCGUCGAAGGGAAAAUUCCCGCCGGGACUUGAUGCUCGGUUGGAUGCUUGGGUCAAGGAAAAUGCUUCGAAGGUCGAUCCUGCCUUCAGAUAUAUCUCAUAAAAACGAUUUUUGACAAAAUGGAAAUUCGGUGUUGAGUACAAUGCUUUAAAAUUUGAAUGCCAAACUUUUUUAUUUCUUUAGCAUAAUCUGUUUGUAAAGGGUUUACCUCGCCUUUAUGCAUUGCAACAGUAGUGUAACCGACUUGAAAACCUCUUAACCAUUUGUAAGAAUUAAUUUAGGUAGAAAAAACUAGGUUAAUUAAAUUCCAAGAGAUUCAAACGUCUCCCAAUUAACUCGACAGCUACAUAGAAAAUGGGCCGCUUUAAACAAGCCCCUCAGUGGCAUGGUCGGUAUGGUGUUAUCGUGCCACCUCGGUGGUCGCAAGUUCGAUUCUCGGAUAUUCCACUGAGGGGUGGGAGAUGUGUAUUUCUGGUGAUAGAAGUUCACUCUCGACGUGGUCUGGAAGUCACGUAAAGCCAAUGGUCGCAUUGCUGAAUAACCACUGGUUCCAUGCAACGUAAAACCACCAUUCAAACAAACAAUAAACAAGACAUGGCCAACUGAAAGAAGCCGACAAAUGAACAGAGAAUGAGACACUUCUCUAGACAUAUUUGUAAGUCACACAGUAAAACGAAUAGUCUCUUCAUUUCGUAAUGCACAACAAGGGCUUAUCAAAACUAUAGUCCCUUCACAUAAGGUAGAUUCUUGUGCCUACGAGACGUUUGUUUGGCGGCCUCUGAUUGGCUGGAACCGGGAGGCAGACUGCUCGCUCAGUGGGUCAUAUUUUCGUUUGCAGCUUAGAAAACUAGCAUUAUGUUUACAUUUCUUCAUUUAUCUCACGUUUUACAAAAGAUAGGAAAGUUUUGGUCAUACCAAAGGAUUCGGUAUUAAAUGCACAAUUAAUUAAAUCUUUCCCUGAAAUCAAUAAGUUAAAAUACAAAGGAAUUACAACCAGUAGAAGUGAAGAGAGAAGCAUUUCAUUCUUCAUACCUGUUUUUAUUUAUCGUCGGAUUUUGCAUAAUUCAUGAGAUCAAGAUAAAAUAAAAUCUUGUGUUUUUAAACAAUAAAAUCACCCUGAAUACGCUGGUGCUUUCAGAUUUUAGAUGUGUGUAAUAUGUAAAGAGAAAAUGAAGAAUAUGUCUAAUUAUGUUGCAUCCUUACUUGACUCGGUUGACAGUAGUACCGAGAGACGCAAGAUACCGUGGGGUCUGGCCCUCUCAGCUAGAGCCGUUGGCGCGUUGGUAGUUGCCAAUUGGCGAUAUGAGAAGUUUGCAGUUUCGAGAAUAUGUAUUUACCGAAUUAUUAUGUCAUUACAUUUUCUGUAAAUAAAUUCAUAGAUUUCCCAUAAUGACUCGAACAUUUUUACUCAAAUAUCAUACAUGUCCGUAUUUCUGGACAUAUCUGAUAAAUAAAAGUAAAUAAUCAGAUGGAUGCAUCUGGGUGUUGGCUUCAAUUUAGUCUAGGUGAGAAAUGUGCAUGCUUUGUGGGGCUCACUGAUAAGUAACAGAACUUGUCUCUCUGACCAAUAACAUCAAAAGCUUAUGGUUUUCUUAUGUUCCCUCAAUAAACAAAAGUGCAUCUGUUUAUUUCUUACCAUAAAAUUUGUUGACGAUGUAACGCAUAUAAUAUUCUGUCUUUUUCAGAAUUGCUUGAGUUACUCUUACACCAGAAUUUGUAAGAUAUUAAUUUCUUUUUGUUCAUAUCGAUAGCCUAAUGACAUACCAAUGUAAGCCUACUGUGUAUAACUUUCUUUUGUGUUUAUGACAUAAUAUAUCUGCAUGAAUUUCCAUUCUUUUAGUUUAAAAAGAUGAAGAUAUAACAGUC